UCGGUGCUUUCACUUCCGCUCUUCCAUCGGAAAUGCUGCCGGCGUCGUCGCCGUCGGUCUCGCUCUCCGCCGCCUCUCUCAGCCUCCGCCUUUUAACCCCUUUAAACCAUCCGUUCUAUCCUCCCGCACAUCGGGCGUUGAACUCCCGUAAUCUCCGCAUCCGCCGCCGGCGCCGUCCCUGCCCCGCGGCCGCCUCUCGUACGACUUCGACACCGUCCUCCGAGGAGGCCGCCGGGCUGCGGCAAUGGGAUACCCUCACAGCCAGGUUCGCCGGGGCUUCCAACAUCCCUUUCCUACUGAUUCAGAUUCCCCAGAUUCUCCUCAACUACAACAACCUCAUCUCCGGCAACAAGGCUGCUCUUCUCGCUGUCCCCUGGCUAGGGAUGCUGACGGGGCUUCUUGGGAACAUGACGUUGCUGUCGUACUUCGCCAAGAAGAAGGAGGUGGAGGCGAUUGUGGUCCAGACGCUGGGUGUCUUGUCGAUCUAUGUCGUCCUAGGGCAGCUCGCGAUGGCCCAGGCCAUGAGCCUUCCGUACUUCGCGGUUAUCUCAGUGCUCGUGGUGUCGGGCCUCGUCUUGAACUUUGUGAACUACUUUGGCUGGCUAAGUGCCGGGCUGUGGCUGGUCUGGGAAGACUUCAUUACGGUUGCUGGGAUCUCUGUUCUUCCUCAGGUGAUGUGGUCGACAUUUGUUCCAUUCCUUCCAAAAAGCAUCUUGCCUGGAGUCAUAUCUUUUGUCAUAGCACUAGGAGCUAUUAUCCUGGCUCGAAUGAGGAAGCUCCCUGAGAAAAUGGUGGCAUUCAUCAGGUCAAUAUCUGCAUGGAUUGCCACUCUAUUGUUUAUGUGGAUGCCAAUUGCACAAAUGUGGACAACUUAUCUCAAUCCAGAUAACAUCAAAGGCUUAUCAGCUUUCACUAUCUUGCUUGGCAUGAUUGGGAAUGGUCUUAUGAUUCCUCGUGCGCUAUUCAUCCGUGACUUGAUAUGGUUCACUGGAGCAUCUUGGGCGUCAUUUCUACAUGGCUGGGGUAAUUUGGCCUGCAUGUACUAUUUCAAGAGUAUCAGUUGGACUUUCUUCCUAGGUGCAACUUUGAGCUUAUAUAUUUGGACAGGAAUAGCACUAUGGAGAGAUGGAAAAGUACAUCAAUACAGUUCGCCACUGAAGUCAUUGCAAGAACUGUUUUCUGCGACUUAACUGGUACUGCUUGGGACCUGACACAGGUUCAUUUACAGCCAUCCAAAAGUCGCAACUCUCUCGCUUCUUAUGCACCGAGCUUUUCAUUUUGUUGUUCCUUUUAACUUUGUCGAUGAUUAUUCCAGUGACUAGAGGAUCAUCUUGCUCAUUGAUGAAAUUUCCUUUUAAGUCCAAAUUGUUCUUGGUUAGCAACCAGAGUUCCAGAUCGACCUUAUUUCUGUGUUCCAUUAAUGCUAUGUGUUGAUUCAAACA